GCUGUAGUCCGUCCCUCCUGCCCAGUCAGCGCGGUGCUGCCCGCCCUGUUCUCGGAGGCCAGAGCUGCCGCCCAGGGGGAUGCGGGAGCCCCCGGUUCGGGGGAACAGAGAGGCAGGCGGGGUGAGGGUCGUUGCCAGGCAACGGGCGAGCGCCACGGUUGGGGAGCCGAGGACGGCAUGUCCCAGGCCCCAGGAGCUCAGCCAAGCCCGCCCUCCGUGUACCACGAACGGCAACGCCUGGAGCUCUGUGCCGUCCACGCCCUCAACAACGUCCUGCAGCAGCAGCUCUUCAGCCAGGAGGCUGCCGAUGAGAUCUGCAAGAGGUGACCAUCACCCACCCCAACCCCUGGAGAAGCAGGGCUCACAGAGGUUGGCCCCAGACUCCCGGCUGAACCCCCAUCGCAGCCUCCUGGGCACCGGCAACUAUGACGUCAACGUGAUCAUGGCCGCCCUGCAGGGGCAGGGCCUGGCCGCCGUGUGGUGGGAUAGAAGGAGGCCCCUGUCCCAGCUGGCGCUGCCCCGGGUGCUGGGGCUGAUCCUGAACCUGCCCUCGCCUGUGUCCCUGGGGCUGCUCUCCCUGCCGCUGCGCCGGCGGCACUGGGUGGCCCUGCGCCAGGUGGACGGCGUCUACUACAACCUGGACUCCAAGCUGCGGGCGCCCGAGGUCCUGGGCAACGAGGAUGGUGUCAGGGCCUUCCUGGCAGCCGCGCUGGCUCAGGGCCUGUGCGAGGUGCUGCUGGUGGUGACCAAGGAGGUGGAGGAGAAGGGCUCCUGGCUGCGGACAGACUGACCCCCAGGAGGAGGGGACCACGGCCACCCGCCGGGCGUGGCCCCCCGCGCAUCCACAUCCGGUUCCCGAGCGCCGGGGGAAGGGCCAGGCCCCGCGCACCUCGUGGACCCAGCGGAGGUCCCAGCCCCUCCCCCACACCCCUCCCCUCCCUCCCCCCAAGCCCCUGCAGCCUCAAUAAACCCGAUGGAUGAUUUGCUCCCA